AUGUCUGAAGCAAACCCCAUCAACACAGGUUUCUACAUGGUGACAUCUAACAACAGAACAAUCUUAUUCGGAAAGUGGUAUGCCCAGAAAAACUACUCAACCAAAUUGAAAGAGCGGGAUGUUUUAAAUGGCACGAUGAAGGAAGGUGUUUUCAGAGAGUUAGGCCUCAGCGUGAGGUUUUUGGACACCCGUUACUUCAGUGGCUUCUGUGAAGUUAGCAGGGACUUCAAAGCUGUCACAACCGUUCAUGCCAAUUGCUGCCGGACUCUAGGUGCUAAGAUGGUUGAUCUGACGGCUGUGGUUCACGAUUGGAAGAGGUUCAAGAGCUUAUCUAAUUCCAACUCGACAUCGACUUUGAAAUGGGACUAA